CUUCCAAGUGCCAGAUGAUGGAGGAGCGUGCCAACUUGAUGCACAUGAUGAAACUCAGCGUCAAAGUCUUGCUCCAGUCUGCCCUGAGCCUGGGCCGCAGCCUGGAUGCGGACCAUGCCCCCUUGCAGCAAUUCUUUGUAGUGAUGGAGCACUGCCUCAAACACGGGCUGAAAGUCAAGAAGAGUUUUAUUGGCCAAAAUAAAUCUUUCUUUGGUCCUUUGGAGCUGGUGGAGAAACUUUGUCCAGAAGCAUCAGAUAUAGCCACCAGUGUCAGAAAUCUGCCAGAAUUAAAGACAGCUGUGGGAAGAGGCAGAGCAUGGCUUUAUCUUGCACUCAUGCAAAAGAAACUGGCAGAUUAUCUGAAAGUGCUUAUAGACAAUAAACAUCUCUUAAGUGAGUUCUAUGAGCCUGAGGCAUUGAUGAUGGAAGAGGAAGGGAUGGUGAUUGUGGGUCUGCUGGUGGGACUCAAUGUUCUCGAUGCCAAUCUCUGCUUAAAAGGAGAAGACUUGGAUUCUCAGGUUGGAGUGAUCGAUUUUUCCCUCUACCUUAAGGAUGUACAGGGUCUUGAUGGCGGCAAAGAGCACGAAAGAAUUACUGAUGUCCUUGAUCAAAAAAAUUACGUGGAAGAACUUAAUCGGCACUUAAGCUGCACAGUUGGGGAUCUUCAAAACAAGAUAGAUGGCUUGGAAAAGACGAAUUCAAAACUUCAAGAAGAGCUAUCAGCUGCAACAGACCGGAUUUGUUCACUUCAAGAAGAGCAGCAACAAUUAAGAGAACAAAAUGAGUUAAUUCGCGAAAGAAGUGAAAAGAGCGUGGAGAUAACAAAACAAGAUACAAAAGUUGAGCUGGACACUUACAAGCAAACUCGGCAAGGUCUGGAUGAAAUGUAUAGUGAUGUGUGGAAGCAGCUAAAAGAGGAGAAGAAAGUCCGUUUGGAACUAGAAAAAGAACUGGAGCUGCAGAUUGGAAUGAAGACGGAGAUGGAGAUCGCAAUGAAGCUGCUCGAAAAGGACACCCACGAGAAGCAGGACACCCUAGUCGCCCUCCGCCAGCAGCUGGAGGAAGUCAAAGCCAUCAAUUUACAGAUGUUUCACAAAGUUCAGAAUGCAGAGAGCUGUUUACAGCAGAAGAAUGAAGCCAUCACAUCUUUUGAAGAAAAAACCAACCAGGUUAUGUCCAGCAUGAAACAGAUGGAAGAAAGGUUACGGCAGUCUGAAAGGGCCAGGCAGGGGGCCGAGGAGCGGAGCCACCGGCUGCAGCAGGAGCUGGGCGGCCGGACGUGUGCUUUGCAGCAGCAGCUCUCACAGUUGCAUGAGCAGUGCUCAAGUCUAGAGAAAGAGCUGAAAUCAGAAAAAGAGCAAAGACAGGCUCUUCAACGAGAAUUACAGCUGGAGAAAGACACUUCCUCUCUGCUCCGAGCAGAGCUACAGCAAGUGGAAGGAUUAAAAAAGAACUUUCUGGGCCUGGGCCACCCCUGGGAAGCCAACCGAACCAGUCUCUGCCUGGAGUCACCUCGGUCCUCUGGUGAAGAACUAGAUCUCCCAGGGAACCCAGGCAGUCUACAAGUCUUCCCCGAUGAUAAAAUCGCCAGGCAUCUCCCGCAAAGGCUGGAGGUCCCCACAAUGCUGGUGGGAGCAGCUGCAGCCUGGUCAAAGCUGAAGAUGGAAGACAUCAAAGAAGUAAAUAAGGCACUGAAGGGCCAUACUUGGCUGAAAGACGAUGAAGCAACACACUGUAAGCAGUGUGAAAAGGAGUUCUCCAUUUCCCGAAGAAAGCACCACUGCCGUAACUGUGGCCACAUCUUCUGCAACACGUGUUCCAGCAACGAGCUAGCACUGCCCUCCUACCCCAAGCCCGUGCGUGUGUGCGACAGCUGCCACACGCUGCUCCUGCAGCGCUGCUCCUCGUCCACUGGCUCCUAA